CGGUCGGGCAGCACCCGUCCCGUCCUCCCCCCCUUCCCCACCUCGCUCGGCGCGGCUCGCGCGAGCGGAGCGGCGGGAGUCAGUCAGCGCCUGCGGAGGGAGGCCCGAGCCCGCCACCGCUACAGCCGCCCGCGGGGCGGGGAGGAGGAGAGGAGGCGGCGGCGGCCUCCUCCUCGGUCCCGCCGGCACCAUGAGCAUCGAGAUCCCGCCGGGCCUCACCGAGCUGCUGCAGGGCUACACGGUGGAGGUGCUGCGGCACCGGCCGGCCGACCUGGUGGGCUUCGCCGCCGAGUAUUUCACCCGGCUGCGGGAUGCCCGCGAGCGGGAGGCGACCGGCGACGGCCGGAGGGUGGUCAGCUUCGACGGGGAGCCCAUGCAGACCGAGUCCAACGGCGAGGAGGAGCCCGAGCGCGGCGACGAGGACUCCGACUCCGACUUCGAGCCUCCAGUCAUUAACCGAUACAACAGAAGAGUAUCAGUCUGUGCUGAAGCUUUCAAUCCAGAUGAAGAGGAAGAAGACACGGAGCAGAGGAUAGUUCAUCCAAAAACAGAUGAACAGCGAUGCAGACUGCAGGAGGCAUGCAAAGAUAUCCUGCUCUUCAAAAAUCUGGAUCAGGAGCAGCUUUCUCAAGUCCUUGAUGCCAUGUUUGAGAGGAAGGUGAAACCUCAUGAACAUGUGAUUGAUCAAGGGGAUGAUGGAGACAACUUCUAUGUCAUUGAGCAGGGACUGUAUGAUAUUGUUGUAGCAAAAGACAACCAGGCGCGCUGUGUGGGCCGCUAUGAUAACCACGGCAGUUUUGGGGAACUGGCGUUGAUGUACAAUACUCCUAGAGCUGCCACCAUUGUUGCCACAACAGAAGGAGCCCUCUGGGGACUGGAUCGAGUGACAUUCAGAAGAAUUAUAUUGAAAAACAAUGCAAAGAAGAGGAAGACGUACGAGUUAUUUAUUGAGUCUGUACCCCUUCUCAAGUCCUUGGAGGCAUCAGAACGAAUGAAAAUUGUGGAUGUUAUAGGAGAGAAAGUGUAUCAGGAUGGGGAACGUAUCAUUUCUCAGGGCGAUAAAGCAGAUUGCUUUUAUAUUGUAGAAUCUGGUGAAGUAAAAAUCAUGAUUAAAAGCAAGACUAUGAUGAGUAAGGAAGCUAACCAAGAAGUAGAGAUUGCCCGGUGUCACAGAGGGCAGUAUUUUGGAGAGCUUGCACUUGUUACCAACAAGCCCAGGGCAGCCUCUGCCUAUGCUGUUGGAGAGGUCAAAUGUUUAGUCAUGGAUGUGCAAGCAUUUGAGAGGUUGCUUGGACCCUGCAUGGACAUUAUGAAGAGGAAUAUAACGCAUUAUGAGGAGCAGCUGGUGGCAAUGUUUGGCUCAAGCAUGGACCUGUUGGAUCCAGGGAAUUAGGCACAGGGUACCUCAGUGCCUUCUUAGUUCAAGACACAAAAAAGCCUCCUAUCAGCAACACAACUCACAAGGAAAAUGGACACUACGGAACAGUUAAUGCUGCUGUCUUCUUGGGCAUUUUAGAAACCAUAAGCAAGUCUCGGCACAGAUGGAUUGCUCACUCCCUGCCUCCACUUUGCUGCUGAUACUUCAUUAUUAGACCUAGAUUAAAAAUGGUUCUAACUUUGAGUUCUCUUACUUGGUUCAGAAUGGCAUCUGUCCAGCAGUUCAAGUGCCUGAUGCAACACCCAAAGUGUGCAAGAUACAGAAGCCUCCUUCCUUCUGGUGUUCCUGUUGGGAUAAAUUUUCAGAUCAAAUUUUGUGGCAGGAGGUUGCCUGUUCCUCAGAGGCAACCUGUGGAAUACAAGCCUUUGAUAGGUUUAUUAUCUUUCUAACACUUCAAUUACCCAAAUUUGCUUUUAAUUGUAGCAGCUGGAUUUGACAUUAAAAUAUCAAUGGAGCCAGUUAGUACGGUGGCACUGAAACUUUCUUCCACCUGUUGAAAACUGCAGGUACUUCAUUAAACCAAGUAAACUGAGCUGGGGACACAGGUGAGAAUCUGAUUAGCAACAAAAUGCAGAAAAUGAAGCAUUGCUAAAUUUAAGUGUUUUCUGAGCAGCAAAGAAAAUUACUUCAUGCUUCCCAAAAAAGUGCAGUGAUUCAGACCGUAUGGCUUGAAGGUGUCAUAGUUGUCUUCUCCCCAGAUUUGCUCCAUGUUUCUGACACUAUAUAUACAUAUGUAUGUGGUGUCAAAAUCACAAUAGAUGACCUUCUUUCAUUUACAGAGAUCCUUUAUACUGCAAGUUUGCCAGGGUGCUGUUGUCUGACUCAAUUUUAAAGCUUUUUAAGAAUGAACAUUUUGUAAUUUAAAGGAAGACUACUUCUGUAUUUAUCUACAGGAGCUCCCUCCUUCCAAUGUCACAGUAUUUUAACUUAAUUAGACACUUGAAUGCUUUCAAAUGCCACUGAUUUCAUAAGCCUUUCAAAAGUUGUCAGCAUUUGUCUUUGCUAACUAGACAAUUGGUGUAUUUGAGGAAUCUUUUGGGUUAGGUGAUAACUAAGCUAAUUAUGUUUAUCUAAAAUACCUGUUAAAUUUGCAGCAUUUAGUAGGUAGUGUUUCCACAGCUUUAAUGAACUUAAUUCUGCUGAGAUUUUAUCAGAGCACCAUAUAAAUACGAAUCAGAUGAUAAGAAGGACAUUUUUAUGGUGUGAAAAGAAUAUUUAUAUAGAAUCACAGAAUGGCCAGGGUUGGAAGGGACCUCAAGGAUCAUGAAUCACCAACUCCCUGCCACAUGCAGGGCCACCAACCUCCACAUUUUAGACCAGGCUGCCCAGGGCCCCAUCCAACCUGGCCUUGAACACCUCCAGGGAUGGACGGGGCAUCCACAGCCUCUCUGGGCAGCUGUUCCAGCACCUCACCACUCUCUCUGUAAAGAACUUCCCCCUGACAUCCAACCUAAAUCUUCCCUCCUUCAACUUGAAACCAUUUCCCCUUGUCCUGCAGUUAUCAACCCUUUCAAAGAGUUGAUUCCCCUCCUGUUUGUAGGCUCCCUGUAGGUACUGAAAGGCUGCACUGAGCUCACCCUGCAGCCUUCUCUUCUCCAGGCUGAACAAGCCCAGCUCCCUCACCUGUCUUUGUAGGCAGGACCUCCAGCCCCCUGAUCAUCUUUGUGGCCUUCUCUGGAGUCUCCAACAGCUCUCUGUCCUUCUUGCCUUGGGAGCCCCCGAUCUGGAUGCAGUGCUCUGGAUGGGGCCUCACAAGAGCAGAGUAGAGAGGGACAGUUACCUCCCUCCCAGUUACCUGCUGGCCACCCCUUUUCUGAUGGAACCCAGGAUAAAGAUAUGAAAUUUGUAGGUAGUUCAUCUGUGACCCUUUGAAUUUAUGUUUUGCAGCUCGUGAUAAAAACUUAAUGGUGUUUUAUGUGGAUUAUGAUAUUUUAAUUGUGGAUGCUGGUGUAACAAUGUGCUGGCUUGAUUCACAGCCGUUUGAGCAAGAGGAGAAGGAUGCUAAUAUUGAAUUUCUGCUUCUAGUUGUUACAAUGGUGGAUAUUUUCUUUAAGGCACAGAAAACUCUGCUGCAACUUUAAGUUGAUUACUGGGUGACUUUCUUUCUCCUAAAUAGAUGAAGUCCUCCCAGUUCCUGCAAUAUAAGUAAGAUGGCAACUUGAUAAGUUUGACUGUUGUCCAGUUACUGUCAUUGGAGUAAUAUUUUUCUAAAAUGCAAGUGAUAUGUAAUGGGCACCCCUGAACGGGGUGUUUCCGUAGUAUUAAAGUCCUGGUUGUAAUGUGUAGCAGCUGUUCUAACUGCAUGUAUUUUAGAGCAGUGAAUUUCCUUUGCUUUCCUGGGCUAGUUUUUCUCUCUUUUUUUGUGUGAUAAAUUACAGCCAAAGAAGCAGCAGGUACUUCAUUCAUGCUGUCAUGCUUCUGAGGCUUAACACCAAAGACAAUAUCCUUCUUUUAAUUAUGGAUUAUUAUUAAUUUUUUUAAGAACAAACAAAAGAGUGAAAACAGUCUUUGAUAUUUUAAAGUUCAGGAUGGUUUGGGUUCCAAGACAGAAGCCAACUUAGACUGUCCUGCAACCCAGACAUAAACUGGUCUGCAAACCAGUCUGAGUUAAGUGCUGCCUAAGCUGUCCUGUGAACUAAAGAGAGACUUGCUGUGAAUGAUUGUCAGCUGGGCCUUUGUUGCUCCCAGGCAGAAUAUCUCCUAUUCAGAGGGACCUGGAAGGUUGAGCUGUCUCUCAGAUGGAUUCUGUUUCUUGCAGCCCUUGGUUCUCUCUGCAGAACAAGAUUUUGUUCCUCAGCACAUGCAAACAUUGGCAAUUGUUUUGAAACAUAACAAAAUGCCCAGAUUGAUGUUAGAUUUGUAAGUUCUACCUGGAAGGGAGGAUUUCAUGGCUUCUAGAAGUCAAAGGAGAAGAUGAGAACAGAAAAUCAGAAGAUUGGGAUCCAAGAACAAGAAUUUGAAGUUCUAUUUUUCUCUAGACUCCCUGAAGCAAAAGCAAAUAGGGCAAAUACCAUCCUGCAUCCAGGAUGACCUCUUUCUGUAGUGUAAAGAGGCAACCUGACUCAAAUCCUUGAGCUGAAGGAGAGUGAGUCUGUCAGGAGGCUCGUCCUCGCCCACCUUAAGAAGGUGCACAGUUGUAGUUUGCAGUGUGCAUGAUUAGUCUGCUUUAACCAUCAUGUUCUGUGCCAUCUUGAAGCAUGAAGGUAGCAUCCAAAGCUUGCAGUGAGAUGCUGGACGCUGCCUGGUUAGCCACAUGGCACAGCAGUGAGCAAGGUCAGAAAACACGCUGGCAAUGACAGUGUGACUGGGGAGUGAAGUGCCUGGUUGCAGAGAUCUGCCUGCAUUAUUGCAUCUCAGCUUAUUCCUUUUCACUAGGACUGUUCCUCACAGAUGAGGAGAAUGCACACCGCUGUUUUUGUUGCUGUUGUUACAGUUCAGUGAACAGUAAAUCUGCUGUGGACACCCUGAAAUUUACAGUGGAGAGGUCUAGUUUUUAAUCAAAGAACUCAGCAGCAAAGUGGGUAUAAAGGAUAGUGUCUUUGAGACUUGGAGGGAAACAGUUUGAUUCCCUGCUUGUGAUUGUUGUGAAGGCAGUGAGGGGAGCUUUCAGUGGCCGAAUAUCCUGGCAUUUCCAUUUCUAUUUAAUGUAACUGCACACGUUUCACAAUGUUUAAAAAAGGGGGGGGGCAAGAGUGCUCUCUUCUAAAAAGGCAAAACAAAACAAUGUGCAAUUUUGCACAGAGGGCAAAAAAGAAAUCCCUUUGAAUGUCACUUCCAGUCUUUCUUUUCCAUUGGCUGAAGAUGGACUCUUGUUCUCGAUGUGUAUUUGUAAACUAGUCUUGCCAAAAUACAAACACUUUGUGUUUCUUUUCACUCCAGAUAAUUUUUGUUGUUACGGUUAUUGCUGAUCGUUUCACUUCCUUCAAACCAGAUAUUUUAUUUCAAGAGGCCUUCCUUGUGGAUUUUCUCCUGAUGUCUGCAGCACUACUCUGCUGUUCCAAGGUGGAAGAGAAAGUUGCUAACCUCAUAAGAGAACACUCAACUCCGCUUAGCUGGCUGGAGCUAAUAAUGCGUUACUAAUUUUCCUCUGCUUUGUGGGGCAGGAGGGGAAUUAAAUUCUGCAUAAAGUUGCUACCUCAAGGCUCCAAGUGCUUUGAAAGUCUUUCACUUGGGAGAAUUUCAUAAGACAGUUCUUAAAAUUGGUCUGUUCUUUUGAGUUAAAUAUGUUUUUAAUUGAUUCGAGGGACCCUUAUUCAUUUUACACUUAGUAUUUGAUUCUCAAAGGGUGAACAGCUGCAAAAUUUGAUUCUUGCAGUACAGUGUUAACGUGGAAAAAAAAAAAGUAUCUGCCAUAUAAACAUAUGGUUUUAAAAAGUUAAACCACUCUGGGGUUCGGCUUCACUUUUGGUUAAUAAACUGACAUGUUGUGUCCAGCCUUC